GAGUGGUGGCGGUGUGCCGCCCGGUUUCGAUAUCGGUUGUGUUACCAUGGACUUUAAUGUGAAGAAGUUGGCGGCGGAUGCCGGCACUUUCCUCAGCCGGGCAGUUCAGAUAGAAGAUGGUCUUUGGGACUUUUAUUCGGUACUAUGUGAGUCCAAACCGAUGCCCAGAAUAGGGCUCAUCUAAUUAGUCAAGGCAAGGUACUAAUUGUUGCAUAGGGAACCUAUUUCCAUCAAGAAUUGAAUUGUGAGCCAUUUACUGUGGUUUACAGAGGAGAAGUUUGGUCAAGCAGAGAAGACGGAGUUGGAUGCCCAGCUGGAGAAUCUUCUGAGCAAAGCAGAAACUACAAAAAUAUGGACAGAAAAAAUAAUGAAGCAGACGGAAGUAUUAUUGCAGCCAAACCCAAAUACCAGAAUAGAAGAAUUCGUUUAUGAAAAACUGGAUCGCAAAGCACCGUCGCGAAUGAAUAAUUUUGAACAAUUAGGGCAGUAUAUGCUUGAUGCUGGAAAUGAUUUUGGUCCUGGAACUGCAUAUGGCAGUGCUCUGAUUAAAUGUGGAGAAGCUGAAAAUCGAAUUGGUUCUGCAGAGAGGGAGUUAAUACACACAUCAGCAGUUAGCUUUUUGGCACCUCUGAGGAACUUUCUGGAAGGAGACUACAAAACAAUAUCUAAAGAACGCAAGCUCUUGCAGAAUAAAAGACUGGAUUUGGAUGCAGCCAAAGCAAGACUGAAGAAGGCGAAGGUUUCAGAGUCCCGUUCAGCUCAACUAAACGCUUCUCAACCUCAGGGAGACAACUUUAUGGUAAAUUUCUCUUACAUGCUCAACUUGCUGCAUGUAACGUGGCUGAAGAAUUGCCUUGCUCUCUCCCUCUCUUGUGGUUAUGACAGAAUUGUUCUGGAUCCUGUAGCACUUCAGCUUUGGGCAGAGGAAGUGACAAAAGCUGAGCAGGAUGUCCGGAUUACACAGAGUGAGUUUGACCGACAAGCGGAGAUCACAAGACUUCUGCUUGAAGGAAUCGGCAGUACACAUACACAUCACCUUCGCUGUUUGAAUGACUAUGUUGAUGCCCAGGUGACCUACUAUGCACAAUGCUAUCAGUAUAUGGUUGAUUUACAAAAGCAGCUUGGAAGCUUUCCGACUUUUUCUUCCAACAACAAUCAGACUACCUCAGCAUCAGCUAUGCCCAACACCGGCCCCCCACUUUCUGCAUCUUCAGUCCCAUUGUCCACUCUAAACAAUCCAAUAACCACUGACUACAAGCUGUCAUCUAGUGGCACCAGAAAAGCUAGAGUUCUCUACGAUUACGAUGCUGCAGACAGCAGUGAGUUGUCACUUCUGGCCGAUGAGGUGAUCACUGUCUAUAGUCUGCCUGGAAUGGACUCUGAUUGGCUGAUGAGUGAACGAGGGAAUCAGAAAGGAAAAGUCCCCAUUACAUAUUUGGAGCUGCUGAACUGAACAUGUCACUGCCCAUCUUAAAAAAAAAUAAUAAUAAUAUUGGUUGUAAUUGCGAUAUUUAAUUGCAGCUAACUUUGUAUAAAACAGUUUAUGAAAUGUCUUCCACAUAAUUUGUCCCUGAACCAUUUGGGACCAUGUGAGUUACAUGUAUGGCAAAACAGGCAUGUUGGUUGCUACAUUUGUCCAAGCCAAUAUGACUCCCUUGCUUUUGAAAACUUCAAAUAUUUUUGUGCCAUGAAUGUUAUUUGCUAAAAAGUAUCAGCUUCGUUUUCUAUUUAAUAUUUCAUUUUUGCAUAUUAGUGAUUGAAAAAGCAUUUCUUUAUUAAACCAACUUGAAUACAAUGUCCCUAUAUUUCUAAAACUUUCUUAUUGCCAGAAAUAUGGAACUUAACUUGUAAAUUACAUGUGCUUAAUUAAAUGUUGAAAGUGAUGUACAGCAUUGCCAAAAUAAAACUGUGUCAAAA